AUGGAAUGUGUAGAUAUCGAUGAAAAUGAAUCUAUACUGUUUAGCGGUGCUCAAUUAGACAAUCAAAUUCCUGAUUUUGUUGAAAUACCUCUGGAACAAACCAUAAGAGAGAAACUACAGAUAGCACGAAAUAUUCUUGGCGAGAUAAUUAUUGAGCCUAUCAGAAAAAUAUUUAACAAAUUAUGCGAGACACCAAAAACCUUUGAAGAUUAUCAGCAACUUGUUAUUUACGAAGAUUCUUUUAUUAAAUCAUUAAAUGUUCUAAUUAAUGAGGAAUUUAUUACCUUGGAUCAACUUCAUAAUAACGAAUCAAAUCAAUCAGAGAUCAAACAAGAGGAGGAUCGAUUAUUGAUUUUAAAAGAUUUAAAAAAAUUUACAAGUCAAUUCGUUAAUCAAACAGUUUAUUCAAGGAAAUUAAAUUUUAUACAGAAAACUUUAAAUUCACCAAAUAAGGAAGCCAUAUUAUUCAGUAACAUAGUGCUUACAGAAGGAGGAAUUAAUAAACGUUACAAAGAACUUGCUUCGUGCUUCCAUCCUGAUCGAACAAGACAUACUAACACUCCAAAUGGGCUUCGUGAUAGUGACCAGUACCUUGGCAUAGAGCUUUUUAAAAUCAUUUUAAAAUUUAAGGAAGACUUAUUAACUAUCCUGGAAAAGGCUUCAAAAAAAAAAGGAGUGCUUGAUUUUCACGAAAAAAAGGCAAAUGAGCAUUGGAAGAUUGCGAUUGAUUAUCGCAAUGCCUCUAAAGAAUAUUGGAAUAGACUAAAGGUUUUUGAUAAAGAAGAUAUAAAAGAAAUUCCUUCUACUGAUUUAAAACGCUUAAGCGUGACUAGUGGAAUGUUGGCCUAUGAGGAAUAUCGGGCUGCUUGUAAAGUUGCAGAUACAGCCAAAGAAUUAAACAAGCAAAUAAAACUACGAGAAAAUAUUGCAUUAUGUUUAUAUAUUUCUGAUCGUUAUCUGGAAGCUCAACUAUAUGCUUUAUCAGCAAUUCGUUUAAUUUAUCAGUAUUCUCAUUGCAUCUCUCAAAAAGACUUAGCAGAGGCCAAAAAAAUAUUUGAUAAAGUGAGAGGUGAAAAAUCUCAAUUGAAAACUGAUAUCAAACUGAAAGGUGAUUUAGGAAACUCACAAGCUUUAGUUAAAGCAGUGAACCAAGGAAUGUCAUUUUUAGAGAAGAAUGAGACUCAACGUUCGAUUGAAGAAGAUUUAAUAAAGUUGUCAACUCAAUUAAUGUUCAAACCAGACCGUCAAAUUGUUAGUUAUCAAGCUUCUCGAGAAAAUAUUUUACAUUCCAAAAGUCACGUUGUCAAGCACGUAGUAGCAGGAGUAGUAGUGAGAGCUGCGUCAUUAUUAUCUAUAUGUUCCACAACAAUUGCAUUUAUACCUUUGAUAGGCUGUUUAGCUCCACUAUUAGGGAUAUUGUGUGGUUGGAAUCUUUGGAGUCUAAGUGCUUCUCUUUUAUCUGAGCCGAAAAUUCGUGAAAAACUCAAUGAGAUUAUAAAGAAUGCAUUAGAUGCUUAUGAUAAAGGAGAUUACCAGGGAUUUAUCGAAAUACUUUCUGAGGAAUACGAAAAGGAUAGGAGUAUCAUAAAAUUAAAAGAUCGUUAUGAUCGUAUUGAUCCCAAAAGUAUAAUAACUUCACUUUUGAAACAUAAUUUUAGGUCUGAUG